AUGAACAUCGCACGCCCCAUUCCCUCGACGGUCGCGAGCGUUUCCUUCUCCUUCCUCACGACAGAAGAUGUGCGCAGAAUCUCAGUCAAGCAGAUCGUGAACCCUGUACUUUUGGACGACCUCAAUCGUCCGAAUGUUGGAGGUCUAUAUGACCCGUCUCUUGGGCCGAGUGACAAGCAGGACAUCUGCGCUACAUGCCGUCUGUCCUACUUCACUUGCCCUGGCCAUUUCGGUCACAUCGAGCUCCCCGCCCCCGUCUUCCACCCGCUGUUCAUGGCCAAUGCGUACCACUUGAUUCGUGGAACGUGCCUCUUCUGCCAUAGGUUCAAGCUGAGCCGUUUCCUGUGCAAAUACGUCGCGAAGCUGCGAUUGCUGGAGUACGGCUUCGUCGUUGCCGCCAAGGCCCUUGACGACAUGCACUACGACACCAAGAAGGGAAAGCGGGGCGCGGAAGACGAGGAUGACGACGAGCCAGCUGAGUCGUACGAAGCAUUCGAGCAGCGCGUGAACCUCUACGUCGCGGCACAUCUGGCGACCGCAUCAAGCAGCAAACGCGACUCGUACAAGGACGGGCUUGUGUACCAGGCAAGAAAAGACGUCAUUAGCGACUUCAUCAAGACGUCGAUGACCAAAAAGUGCCAAAACACCAACUGCGGCGCGUACGGCUACUCCUUCCGCAAAGAAGGCCAUACCAAGAUCAUUGAGCUGGCUCUGACGGCAAAACAGCAGCAGCAGCACGACUUGUUGGGCAUGAAGAGACCGAACGUCUUGAACGACCAGAAGUCGCAGUCUUCGAAGCGCCAGAAAACCGCACAGGGAGAGAGCCGCGCGGCAGACUCGUCCGACGAAGAGGCUAGCGACGAGUCAGACGAGGAGGAAGGGGAAGGGGAUGACGUUUUUUCCGACGAAGAGGAGUCCAGCCAUCCUGUUGCCAAUGGUGCUGCGCUCCCAAAGUCUGCGAGCGGAAAGGUCAAAACUGCGCGUGGCCGCAACGAGCGCGUCGUGCCGCCUGAAGAGUGUCGAGCUCACCUCCGCCGUCUUUUCCGUAACGAAUCGGUAAUGUGUUCGCUGCUCUUCGGGCGACACGGUCCUCUGGCUCCGGUCAACCAAAACAACCUCUCCCUCGCGUCUGCCGACAUGUUCUUCAUGGAGGUCCUCCCCGUCAGCCCCACACGCUUUCGUCCCCCUGCCAAGAUGGGCGAGAUGCUCUUCGAGCAUCCUCAGAACGAGCUCAUGUCCAAGGUGUUGACGACAUCCUACCGCCUGCGCGACCUGAACAACAACCUUCGCGCUGCCUCCACGAAGGGCUCCGACGUCGAGGAAGCGGCACGCCGCCGCAUCCUUCAGUCACUCCUCGACACCCUCAUUCAGUUGCAGGUCGAUGUCAACAGCUAUAUCGACAGCAGCAAGAACCCCACACCUAUACGACAGGGACGUCUGCCCCCUGCUGGUGUCAAGCAAGGUCUGGAGAAGAAGGAGGGCUUGUUCCGCAAGCACAUGAUGGGCAAACGUGUCAACUACGCCGCCCGCUCCGUUAUCUCGCCGGACGUCAACAUCGAGCCCAAUGAGAUCGGUAUUCCUCCCGUCUUCGCCCGCAAGUUGACGUUCCCGGAGCCCGUCACCCCGAACAACUUCCACGAGCUGCGGCAAUUAGUGAUCACAGGUGCUCGUGGAUAUCCUGGUGCUACCAUGGUCGAGUACGAGGACGGACAUCUUCACUUCCUGGAUAAACUCACCCUGGAGCAACGCACUGCUAUCGCCAACCAAUUGUUGACUCCCCAGGAGGGGUCACACGGGUCUGCGCAGAGGCAGGGUCUGUACACUUCCACGCCUGCUGUCAACAAGAAGGUGUAUCGGCAUCUUCGGGACGGCGACAUCCUUAUCCUGAACCGUCAACCGACUCUCCACAAACCGAGUAUGAUGUGCCACAAGGCUCGCGUCCUGCAAGGCGAGAAGACGAUCCGAAUGCACUACGCGAAUUGUAACUCGUACAAUGCCGACUUCGAUGGAGAUGAGAUGAACAUUCAUUUUCCUCAGAACCACGUCGCCCGGGCGGAGGCGUACUUCAUCGCUAACACCGACAACCAGUACCUUGUUCCCACGUCGGGCAAGCCUCUUCGCGGCCUCAUCCAGGAUCAUGUCGUCGCGGGCGUGUGGAUGACAGCGCAGGACGCAUUCUUCACGCGCGAAGAAUACUUCCAGCUGCUGUACGGCGCGCUCCGUCCCGAGGACGACCCGGAGCAGCACGGCGGCCGCCUCGUCACUCUGCCGCCGACGAUAUGGAAGCCCAAGCCUCUCUGGACCGGAAAGCAGAUUAUUUCUACGGUCAUGAAGAACAUCACGCCGCCGCAGUUCGACGGCCUGAACCUGCACGCCGCGGCGAAGGUCCCCGGGCACCUGUGGGGCACGGAUUCCCAGGAGGACAAGGUCGUGUUCAUGGACGGCGAGCUUCUGUCCGGCAUACUGGACAAGUCUGCGUUCGGAGCCUCGGACUAUGGUCUCGUGCAUUCCGUGUACGAGCUGUACGGCGCCGACGUCGCUGGCAAGCUCCUCGGCGUUCUCAGCCGGCUGUUCACCAAGUUCCUGCAGCACCGCGCGUUUACGUGUCGGAUGGACGAUCUCGCGCUCACGCCCGACGGCAACGCGCGUCGGGCAGACCUUAUCGCGAAAAGCACGAACCUCGGCACGGAGGGCGCCAUCGAGAACUUCCCGGUGCUCAAGACGACGCCGGAGGGCGAAAGGCCCGCUGUGCUCCGUUCUCUCCUGGAAGACGUGCUCCGGGACGAUAGCAAGAUGGCGGGGCUCGACGUGACCGUGAAGGGCAAACUGGCGAAGCUAACCAAGUCGAUCGCGGACGCCGUAAUGCCCCACGGCCUCCUGCGCCAGUUCCCGCACAACCACAUGCAGGCGAUGACCGUGUCCGGCGCGAAGGGGAGCGCCGUGAACGCGCAGCAGAUCUCCUGUGCGCUUGGCCAGCAGGAGCUCGAGGGGCGGCGCGUGCCCGUCAUGGUGAGCGGCAAGACGCUGCCGUCGUUCAAGCCGUUCGAGACGAAGGCCAUCGCCGGAGGGUACGUCGCGAGCCGGUUCUUGACAGGGGUCAAGCCACAGGAGUUCUUUUUCCAUUGCAUGGCCGGCCGGGAGGGCCUCAUCGACACCGCUGUCAAGACGUCGCGCUCCGGGUACCUCCAGCGCUGCCUGAUCAAGCACCUCGAGGGCGUACGCGUGCACUACGACAACACGGUGCGCGGGAGCGACUCGUCGAUCUAUCAGUUCAACUACGGCGGGGACUCGCUCGACGUCACGAAGCAGAAGCACCUCACGCAGUUCGAGUUUAUCGCGCGCAACGAGACGUCGUUCGUAAACCGCUACCAGCCGCGCUCGCUGCACGGGCUCGUGUCGGAGGAGGCCGUCGAGUAUAUGAAAAAGAUCGUCAAGUACAAGGACCGGAAGCACAAGCGCGACAAGUACGUUCCCGCGCUCUCCAAGUACCCCCCGCAGCGCUUCCUCGGCAGCACGUCCGAGCUCUUCGCGGACAAGGUCGACGACUACGUCAAGAAGAACCCGCACGGCCUCCUGCGUGAGAAGGGCGACGACAGCCUGCCCAUCAAGCGCCGCAAGGCGCCCCUCAGCAAGAAGAAUUUCCAGCUGCUCACCAGCGUAAAGUACAUGCGCAGCCUCGUCGAGCCUGGCGAAGCCGUGGGUUUACUGGCGUCUCAAGGUGUUGGCGAGCCGUCGACACAGAUGACGCUGAACACGUUCCAUUUCGCCGGUCACGGUGCGGCGAACGUCACGCUCGGUAUCCCGCGUCUGCGUGAGAUCGUGAUGACCGCGUCGACGAAGCCCAAGACGCCGUCGAUGACGAUGAAGGUGCACGCUGGAGUCGCGGCGGCGAGCAUCGACCGGUUCUGCAAGAAGGCGAGCCGGCUCGCGCUCUCGCACAUCGUCGACAAGAUCACGGUGAAGGAGCAGCUCGUGCUCAAGGGCGAGUCGCGCAGCAAGGAGUUCACGAUCGACCUCGCGUUCUACCCGCGCGCCGAGUACGAGCAGGAGUACGACGUCGGGCCCCUCGAGAUCCUCAUGUCGUUCGCCACCAAGUUCCCGCUGCUGUUCAAGAAGGAGCUGCAGGUAGAGCUCAAGAAGCUCGAUGCGGACCUCAAGAGCCAGAAGGCGGAGCUGGGCAAGGGCAAGACCGUCCGGGAGCACCAGGGUGCCGCCGGCGACGCAGAGGAGGACGGUGACGACCCCCGCAGCCGGAAGCAGGACGAUGACGACGACGCGAGCGAGGUCGGCGACGGCGAUGCGACAACGUCCAAGCACAAGCGCCAGCGCAAAGAGCAGGCUACCUAUGAGGACGAGGACGAAGAGGAUGAGGACGCGGAUGAGGGGGGAGAAAUGGGGGACCUCGACAUCGAAGCAGCAUAUGCCUCCUCGUCCGACGACGACGAGGGUAGCGAUGAGGACAUGGACCAGGGCGCCGAUUCACUGGCGGAGGAACAUGACCGUGUCGAAAGCCUGUUCAUGGACAACCUGCCGAGCGCCACAUCGUUCUCGUUCCGCGAUUCAGGCUGCACGAUCGGACUGCAGGCGAGUUUGUUGCCAGCAUCGCACUUCGGGUCCACUAUGCCCAAGCUACUACUUGUCGGGCUAGUCGAGCGCGUGUGUCUGAAGACGGUCGUUCGGGAGAUUCCAGGCAUCACAGAUUGUUUCAAGAAUGAGGACGACGGGAAGAAUGGGGAGAAAAUAUUCUCUCUCACAACGAAUGGAUCCAAUUUGCCCGGGCUAUGGCAGUUCGCCUGCGGAAAGGGUAACAGCAUCAUCGACCACAACGGCAUUUACUCCAACGACAUCCACGCGCUCCUGUGCGCUUACGGCGUGGAGGCAGCGCGUGCUGCGAUCCUGCAAGAGAUCGGUGGCGUCUUUGCCGUUUACAAGAUCGACGUUGACAUCCGUCACCUGGAGCUAAUCGCCGAUUACAUGACAUUCGAUGGCGGUUACAAGCCGUUCAACCGGAAAGGCAUCUCCACGAACCCUUCGCCUCUCCUCAAGGCCUCUUACGAGACGACCGCCGCGUUCCUGUCCGAUGCGACCCUCCACGGCGACUUCGAUGACCUGACAACCCCAUCGGGCAAUAUUGUCUUGGGCAGGCUCAGUCGCACGGGAACAGGCGCAUUCGAUAUCGUCAUGCCGGUGGACCAGAAGGAGGCGGUCGCGAGUAUGUAAUUGCAUGUAUCCCGUAGCGCGAAAAGUAGCAUAUGAUAUUCACACGUAACGA